UAUGCAGAAAACCAUACCAAGACAGCAAGGACUGCAGGAAUUUUAAUUUAUACAUUUGCCUUGCAACAUGGCACGCUCUUAAAGACACAGGCACAUGCACAGAGAGCUACGUGGUGAGGCGACGCGCUGCUGUCAGCAGUGAAGGGAGUGGGGUUGGCUGAGGCAAAGAGCUUACUCACUUCAGUGCUGUGGUGCAUACAGCGUCUCUCCUCAGGAUACACACUAACUGUUGGUGUGUGUGUGAUUUUAAGAAGAGGAUUCAAAUCAAACCUCAAAAAAGGAACACACACACACAAGCAAAAUGGAAGAUUUCGACUACAGUGAGGACUCCAGCUUUAAUGACAGUUACGAUUACAAUUAUGAACACAGCGUUUGCGACAAGGAGGCGGUGCGCUCAUUUGCAGGCAUCUUCCUCCCGAUCAUCUAUGCCUUGGCUCUGGUGGUUGGCCUGGCUGGGAAUGCCCUGGUAGUGGUGGUCUACACAUCAAAGGUGCGACUACGGACCCUGACAGAUGUGUGCAUCCUUAACCUCGCCAUUUCGGACCUGCUGCUUCUCUUCACCCUGCCUUUCUGGGCAGCGGAUGCUGUCCAUGGUUGGAAGUUGGGUCCCGAGGCCUGCAAGCUCACCUCCUUUCUCUACAGCACCAACUUCAGCUGUGGCAUGCUGAUGCUGGCAUGCAUCAGUGUGGAUCGCUACCGUGCUGUAGUCUGCAAUCCAACAGGCAGAACUGGGACAGGCCCACGAGCGAGGAGACUGUGGCUCCUGGUGUGUGUGUUGCUGUGGACUGUAGCAGGCUUUCUUGGUCUUCCAGAACUUAUCUUCUCCACAGUGAAGCACUCCCAUCACAGGAUGGCCUGUACAGCUGUUUACCCUAACAACAUGGCUCGACCUGCAAAGGCUGCCCUGGAGCUGCUGGAGGUGUUCCUUAGAUUCUUACUACCCUUCUUGGUCAUGGUGGUGUGCUACUGCUGUGUGGGCCGAGUGCUGAGUCAGGCAGCUGGGGUGCGGAGAGACCGGAAGUGGCGUGCCCUGCGGGUCCUGCUGGCAGUGGUGACUGUAUUCCUGCUAACCCAGCUGCCCUACAACGUGGUCAAGCUAUGCCGAGCAAUGGACGUUAUCUACAUCCUUGUGACCGACUGUGAUGUGAGCAAGGGCCUGGAUCAUGCUCUCCAAGUGACAGAGGGCCUGGCACUGACUCACGCCUGCAUUAACCCUGUCCUCUAUGCCUUCAUUGGGUCCUCCUUCAGGGGACAUGUCCUCAAGGCUGCAAAGCACCUUGGGCAGCGACUUGGGAGACACCCAAGACACGUCAACGAGGAACCAGCAGUGGAGAUUGCGCUCAACACGCACAACCAAACACAAUCCCAGUCUGGAUCAGAAGACCAAGACACCAGCACCUUUACUAUUUAAGACUCAAAGCAUGUUUCUGUUUUCCUGUAAGCAUCUAUACAAAAUCAUACAUCUAUGUAUAGAUUUUUACUACCGCACAAGAUAUAUAGUAUUAUUUUACUAUCAUACAAGAUAGACAUUAAUCAUUAGAAUUAAAAACCAUUUAUAAUUCUAAUAAUUCUUAGCAUGUAAAAUUUACAGCAUAUGUACAAUGAGUUUAUAUGCACUAACGAAGUAUUUUGUAUAAAUGAUGUAUUUUGUUAAAUAAAAGAACAAAGAUUUUCAGUGACAUGCAUCUACUAACAUUUGUUGCAAUUAAAUGCAGCUGAACAUCAA